AUGUCGAUGCAGCGCAAGGUCCUCGGUACGGAAGAAAGUGCAUCGUUGCACGAGCCCGCGACCCACGGACCGCCGUCGCCCGAGUCGCCCUCUCAAAGGAAGUCCAUUCAACUGCUGCUUUUCAGCGCCAAGACGGAAACCGUCGCAGACGACCACGACGUCGAGGCCCCGAUCGACAUUGCGAUGGUCGAUGCUCCUGCCAUCGACUCGCAACGGGAAAGUGCUGCGACGAUCGUCGCGGAGUCGGAGGGCGAGGACGACACCGCCUCAGGGGACGAAGCGUCGUUGCCACUGGAGUCGACAGCGCCAUCGACCAUGAACGACGACCCAUGUACACCUGAUGAAGCGGUAGCCAGCCGUGACGCGCUCCUUGGUGCAACCGCAUCGCCUGGGAAAUAUAUCGUGAACGCUGACGAGGCGCACGACGAGCUCGCGACCAGCUCAGACGAAGCGGACGAGACGUAUUCUCCCAAUGCCGCUUUCCUUUCUCGGGACGAUGUCAACGGCGGGUCGGAUGUGGACGAGAUGGACGAAGCGUUGUCUGACGUCGACGAGCCGACCGACGGCCGUGGCUCGGCGGAAGAUUCUGAACGCUCGCCCCGGGGUCCGGAGGGGAUGACGAAUCGCCAUUCGUUCGAGCAUCGUACGGACGACACGCCGUCAUCCGAUGGGUGGGACGCGUCGAGCAGCGCCCACGCAGUGUCGUUGAACGACGUCCGGAGCGCGACAGGCCGCAUCGACAAAUGUGCACACGAUGACGAGGCUUUGGAUACGAAGGACGACCAUAUGAUUACGAGCGCACCUCGUGCAGAGGCUCGGAUGGCAGCCCAAGAUGCUCAAAAAGACUUCACGAAUUCGCACCAGAACGAGCACGAAGAUGACCUCGAAGACGACGACGCGGCGGUGCUCCGAGCAACGAUGGACGGUGUGGCCAACAUGGCAGCCGCAGAAUCUCUGGACGAAGAUUUGUCAUCCUCCGAGUCGGAUGCAGACGAGGCGCCGAUGCCAAACGAGGUGCUUUCGCACACCAACGUGCAGCCCACCGAGAGGUCGGUGCCCCAAGCCGCCGACGGCGAUGCGUCCGAUGAGGAAGAGGUGAUGGCGCUGCAGCAGUCGGCACCGAUGGGUGCACAGGUGACUCUCGCGUCACUCCGCCGCGCCGUCGACAGCGACGACGACGAGUUUGACCACGAAGUGUCUCGUCCGCCGACCGCGGCUGGCGACGAUCAUUCGUUCAACAUGGACGAGGAAACGAACGCGGCGGGCUCAGCCCACGACGCCAGCGCCGAUCAAGUCCGCGACGAAUCAAGAGAUGUCGACACGCUAGCCGACGACAACUCGUUCGAUAUGGAGUACGAUGACGUCGUACCCACAAACGACGUCGACCCCGACAGCAGUGACGACGAGGGUGUCACCACAGCCCUCGAUUUGCAGCCGGUGGUCGCCGAGAUGUCCCAGGGCAACUAUCGUGACACCAGUGAUGUGGACGCAACCUCUCUGAAGACCGACCAGACAACACCGUUGGUGGUUGGCGGCGACGCGUCAUUGGCGCCUGCACACGACAUCAGCUUAGCAGACGACGAAGUGGGCGAUGACGAGGCCUUCUCGGACGACGAAGUGCUCUCGGAGGCCGAUGCGAAUGAGCCGUCGGUGGAAGAGGCGCAGACGGAGGAGGUCGAGCACCUCGCACCUGCAACGAUCCACGCCCAUCGAGAGGCAUCCAAAGACGCACCGUCUGUCCACGCGGACGCAUCGGACGAUCUGGAUGAGAACGACGAAUCCGUGGUCGAGGCAGCCCAACCACUGCCCGUGCACGCACAAGAGAGCUCCGAGUUGCGGCUCGGUAGCGGCCACGAGGAGACUCUGCGUCACGCCGAUCCAAACGCGGCAUCUUCCGAGCCACAUGAUGACAGCGGUGACGAUAUGGACGACGACGGGCCUCUCUCAGACCCGGAGGACGACGAAGACGACGAGUCGCUGAACGUGUCGACACCAUCACCAACCGACACAGAUGCUGCAUCCCGCAUACCGGAGACAGCAGCGGUGACAGAAACCGAAACAUUCGAGACGACAGCAGCGCCAUUGGGCAAGGACCAAGCGCAUGUGGCCGCUGACGUGACACCACUACAAACCAAGCAUGAAUACGACGACGCGGAAGAGCUCUCGUCCAGCGACGGUGAAGACGAUAUGGACAUCGACGAGUCCAUCGAGGCAAGCGAGGACGAUCCAAGCGCCGACAUUUCGACGGGGAUUCGAUCGUCGAUGACUGCUCGUUUUGAUGACGAUGAAGCCGUGCUGGACGACAGCCUCGAAGCCUCGGGCGACGACGAAAACAGCUUCGACGCCUCGGGUCACACGCUGGAACCGCCUUCCGCUGAGACGCACGGCGAUGGCAUCCCAUUGACGUCCUCCGUCGUCGACAACGGUCUCUCUGAUCCUGUCAGCACGCGCCAUUUGGACGACGACCAAAAGUUGUCAGAUGCCGACGACCACGAGCUGUCAGAUGUUGAAGCGUUGUCGGACGGUGAAGACGAAACCAGUGUUGACGCCAACCACCGUGAGGCGACUGCGUUAUCCAAGACCCCUCUCGAUGCUACGGCGAGUCUUGACGAGCCUACCUUGACCACCCGACCCAACGAAGGCGCAAGGGGAGUCACCGUUGUCGAGACCCACGUCAACGCGGAGGACGAGAACGAUGACAGCGACGAUGCGCUGUCGGACGUCGAAGAUGCUCACGAUACAUUGAGCAACCGCUCCGCUGCUUCUUCGCCCAACGCUACAGCGACUGCACCGAUGCACGUUGGUGACGACUGCGAAGAGGCUUUAUCUGACGAGGAGAGUGCGAGCGACUUUGACAGCAGCUUUGACGCACCGAACCCGACACCGCAGAGUCCACCGGUGGAGCCGCACUUCCAUGAUGCCUCGCCGAUGUCGCCCAACGACGUCGCAACGCGGAACCUGAUGGUCGAGGUCAGCCCCCCGAUGGAGAACGACGACGACGACGCGCCCUUUGAGGCCAACGACAAAGCCUACUUGGUGGACGAUGACGACAGCAGCUUCGAUGCGGUUGUUGCCGCACCACUGACCACCCCUCAUGGAGUCGAGCGCUACGACAACCUCACGACGGACCGUCAUGACGUCAUGCAUCCAGUAGCCGCGUCUUCAACCCAGUUUGACGACGAGGACGAAGUGUUGUCUGACCCUGAAGACGACGGGGAUGCAAUCGACAGCAGCUUUGAUGCCUCGGCCAUGACACCGGACGAGCUACGUGCGUUUCCCACAGAGAAAGACGCCAAUCCCACGACCGACCGUCAUGACGCCACGCGUCCGGUUGUCCAGAUGUCAACCCACUUUGAUGACGAAGACGAAGCACUGUCGGACCCCGAAGACGACGUUGAUGGUGACGACGGACGCUAUGACGCGCCGGUGGUGACGACAGACGAGCCCCGUGUGCCUUCCCCAGAGAGCCACGACAACUCCACGACGGACCAUGAUGACACCAUGCAUCCAGUAGCCGCGGCGUCCUCAGCCCACUAUGAUGCCGAGGAUGAAGCGUUGUCGGAUGCCGAGGAUGAUAUCAAUGCGAUCGACGGCAGUAUCGGUGCACCGGUGGCGACGUCAGACGAGCUUCGUGUGUCUCCCACCGAGAACCAUGCCAAUUCUACGGCCGGGCAUCACGAAGCCAUGCGUCCGGUUGACCAGCCGUCAUCGCACUUUGAUGACGAAGACGAAGCACUGUCAGACCCCGAAGGCGAUGUUGAUGGUAUCGACAACAGCUUUGACGCCCCUGCCACGAUGGCAAGCGAGCCUCUUGUCGCAUCCGCGAAGAGCUAUGUCAAUUCUACAGUGCACCUUCAUGAAGCUGCGCGGCCGGUUGUCCAGACGCCAACCCACUUUGAUGACGAAGAUGAAGCGUUGUCGGGUGGCGAAGACGAGGCUGAUGGUAUCGACAACAGCUUUGAUGCCCCUGCCACGAUGGUGACGCGGGGUGAGCCCCGUGUGCCUUCGACAGAAAGCCACAACUACCCAACAACCGACCGUCAUGACGCCAUGCGUCCGGUUGACCAGCCGUCAGCGCACUUUGAUGACGAAGACGAAGCAUUGUCGGGUGCCGAAGACGAGGUCGAUGGUAUCGACAACAGCUUUGACGCGCCGAUGGUGACGAAGAGCGAGCCUCGUGUCUCUCCCACAGAGAGUCAUGUCAAUCGCACAACCGACCUUAACGACGCAAUGCGUCCGGUGGCCGCGUCCUCAACCCAUUUCGAUGAUGCGGACGAAGCGUUAUCCAACGCCGAUGACCAAGACUUGUUGGACACCAAGGACGAUGGGAAUGCCAUCGACAGCAGUUUCGACGCACCAUUGAUGCCGCAGCAUACCUCGUCGACAGAGAUUACCGACGGCACCGACUCCAACGGGCGCGUGAUCGACGACCGCGUGCCAUCGCUCGUCGUUGAACGCAACACCAUCGAUGACGACGGCGGUUACGAAGCGUUGUCCGACCCCGACGAUGAAAGCUUUGGUGACGUGGAGCAUGGCUCGAAUGGCCUUUCCGAAGCGCCUGCUCGUCCAACGUUUGCAGUGGAUGAUCCCGUUGACGCCGAUGCGCUCUCGGACGACGAAUCUGGGGUGGGCGCCCCCAAGAGCAGCGUCCCGUUGGCGUCCUCUCGACCCAGCGAUACGUCGUUUGACGACGCCAGCGAUGUUGACGACGACGACGAUGACGUCACGGCACCGUUGCAAGGCGCAGACGCUGCAUCGAUCGAUGCCGCCAGCCGUCGACUGCUGACGACUGCACACUACGACGACGCGGACGACUUGUCCUCGGAAUCGGACGAUGAACCGCCGGCCAAAUCGCAUCCAGUGUACGACGACGGCGGCGAAGACGUCUCGGACAGCGACGCGGACGACACUACGGACGUCACAUCGACGCCACUGACCCAAACGCCGUCAACAACCAACGAGUCAGCUCAACCCAACCGUAGCUCGGCAAUGGAAGACGACGAAGACGAGGAGGAGGUCGAGACGCCGUUGCCGUCAAGAGCACCAACGGGUGGGCUGCCGCCCGUCGCCUCUCGCUUCGGUACGAUGGCAAACGCUCACGACACCGACGACGAAGACCUCGACGAGGUCGAGCGACUUAUGCAAGGUCAUCUCCAAGGCCGCGCAACCGACAAUUCGUUCGACUUCGACGAUGGGGAAGACGUCGAGAAUAGCUUUGAUGCCCCCGACAACACCACGACCGUAUCGCAUGCUCGGUCUGCAAACGAAGAAGACGAGUUAUCGGAUUCUGAAGACCGCCCACCAACCGCCAGCGUGCCCAAUCAUCAUGGCUCCCUCGGACACGAAACAGGACCGGCAUCCCAACCAGCGACUGCGUCUGUUGUCUCCUCGAGCGUGCCACCGCCGACAGCGCAACGCCCGACCGAUGAGGAAGUUGAGCUUGACGACAGCGACGAAGAACUUUCGACAAAGCGCAACGAGCCAGUGCCUCGUCACGUACCCCAAGCAGCGCCGCUCCGUUCGAUUGCGUCGCAGCUGCCACCCGUCGCGUCGACCCUCGGUCGGCAUGCACCGCUCGGCGCCAAAGCACCACUGGCGGCGCUCCACGCCGGAGACACCGAGGACGACUUGGACGAAGUCGAGCGCUUGAUGCGCGACCACGUGACGACACACGCGUCACUUGCAUCGCGCACGGCUGCCGAUGCGGACUUUGACGACAGCUUUGAUGCCCAAGAAGCCUCUGGCGACGACGACGACAACGAUGACGCGCUCUCUGACCCAGACGAGGCGACGGCAGCGUUCAACGCCGUGACACAACGCGAGGAUACGCUUUCAGCCGGUAAGCGGAUGCCAUUGGCGCCGCUCACCAAGCCGCUUCCACCAAUCGGCGCCGCGCAAGAGAGCUCGUUUGACGACGCGUCACCGAGCAAACUAUCGGCGCUGGACCGGGCGCUGCUUCCAUCAGGCGACGCUCUCCACAUCCACACGCCUCGAUGCAAGCGGCGUGGCCGACCCCCGCGUUUCGACGACGGCGAGGACGUGGACGGGUCGAGCCGCGAUGACCAAGCCGCGUCAUUCUCGCCAUCGCCAGUGACGCAGCCGAGUAGCGCCCCACCCCACGACGACGACGAUGCGUACUCGGAUUCUUUCGAUAUGGAGGAGUCGAUCGAUGAAAGCGUCGCGUCCGAUGAGGACGCCACGUCAUAG